AUGGAGUGUUUACAAGCUCAGUUGCUCACUUUCCAAGUCAGCAAUGGAUUAUACGACAAAUGUUCUUACACCACCCUGGACCGAGGAUGGGUUUUGGGAAUUAACAACGUCAGUGACCAAGGUAACAGAGAUCCUCGCUACUUCUUCUCACUGAAGACUGACCGUGCCCGGAGAGUCACCACCAUCACGGAUCACCAUAGCUACCUUCCGAAUCAGUGGGUUCACCUCGCCAUCACUUACGACGGACGUUUGAUGAAGAUGUAUGUAAAUGGGGCCCAGGUGGCGUCCAGCAGAGAACAAGUAGGGAGUAUCUUCAGCCCUUUGACUUUGAAAUGUAAGAUCCUAAUGCUGGGCGGCAACACCCUGAACCAAAAUUACCGAGGGUACAUUGAACAUUUUAGCCUUUGGAGAACAGUCCGUUCCCAGAAGGAGAUACUGCUGGACAUGACUCUGGUGGCUCAUGAAGUAGAUGUUCCUCUACCUCAGCUAGUGUUUCAGGAGACGUUGGUGAAUGUGAAAAGCCGCUGGUCUCCCAUGAAAGACAGCCCACGUCUUCCUCUGACCGAGUUCACCUUCCACUCUGGCUACCUGUUGGAUACCAGCCUGGCGCCUCCUCUCUGUGGCCAAACAGUUUGCGACAACAUGGAGGUCAUCGCCAGCUACAACCAGAUCCCCACCUUCCGCCACAGGAAGGUGGUCCGUUACCGCGUGGUGAACAUUUACGACGACCGUCACCGCAACCCGACCAUCAGCCAGAAACAGAUCGAGUUCCAGCACCGGCAGCUCAACGACGCCUUCAGCCCGUACAACAUCUCGUGGGAAAUAGAGGUGCUGGAGAUCAACGAUUCCUUCCUCCGCGACCGCCUCAUCCUGGCCAACUGCGAAAUCAGCAAGAUUGGGGAUGAGAGCUGCGAUCUGGAGUGCAAUCAUACGCUGACCGGCUUUGACGGGGGAGACUGCCGCCACGUGCGCCAACUUUCCUUCCACAAGAAGAAGCAGAACGGCGUUUGUGACAUGGAUUGCAACUCAGAGAAGUACAACUUCGACGGUGGGGAUUGCUGCAAUCCGGAUAUAACGGACGUCACGAAGACCUGCUUUGAUCCCGAUUCGCCUAACAGGGCCUACUUAGAUGUCAAGGAACUCAAAAACAGGCUGAACCUGAACGGCUCAACACAUCUCAACAUCUUCUUCGCCAAUUCCUCGGAAGAAGAGCUGGCUGGCAUGGCCACCUUUCCUUGGGACAAAGAAGCCUUGGUGCACUUGGGAGGCAUCGUCCUGAAUCCUGCCUUCUAUGGCGUUGCGGGUCACACCCACACCAUGAUCCAUGAAGUCGGACACAGCCUCGGGCUCUACCACGUCUUUAAGGGGGUGUCGGAGAUCUUCUCCUGCAGCGACCCGUGCAUGGAAACGGAGCCCUCCUUCGAGACGGGCGAUCUCUGCCACGAUACCAACCCUACCCCAACCCACAAAACCUGCGCUGACCCCCCGGCUAACAGUAACAUGUGCGGCUUCCGCAACUUCCAGAAUACACCGUUCAACAACUUUAUGAGCUACGCAGAUGAUGACUGCACCAAUUCCUUCACCCCAAACCAGGUUGCCCGUAUGCACUGCUACCUUGAUCUAGUCUAUCAAAGCUGGCAACAUAUCAAGAAGCCAGCCCCCAUUGCCAUCACGCCUCAGAUUGUGGACCGGACGGAAGCUUCCAUUACUCUGGAGUGGUUUCCACCCAUUGACCAACACUUCUUUGAAAGAGAAGUGGGAUCAUCAUGUGAGCUGUGCGGGGAAGAACGGAUUCUGGUGCAAUACGCUUCCAGUGCCUCUUCGCCGAUGCCAUGCGACCCAUCAGGACACUGGAGCCCCCGUGGAGCUGAAGGACACCCAGAUGUAGAACAGCCGUGUAAGCCUGAUGUCCGAACGUGGACUCCCAACUCAGCGGUUAUCAAGCAGACUGUCCCACCGGCUUGCCCCGAACCUCAAGGAUGCUACCUUCAGCUCCAGUUCCAAUAUCCGGUCAUCCCCGAAUCCCUGACCAUCUGGGUGACGUACGUUUCCCCUGAGUGGGACUCCAAAGAAGCCAUCAACGACGUCAAGCUGCUGAUGGCGGGUGGGGAGAACAUUUCGCUUGGGCCUCAGAACUUCUUCUGUGACGUCCCCAUGACCAUCCGACUGGAUACGGAGAAGAUGAAGGACGAAGUGCAGGGCAUUCAGAUUUAUACCUUGGACGAACAACUGGAGAUCGAUGCUGCUAUGAUCACUUCGGUCCCGCAGAGCUCGCAGUGUCAAAAGUGCCGUCCCAUCCACUACAAAGUCUCCCGGGAGCCCCCGUUUCAGAAAGGACCUUCGUUUCUCAUCUCGGAUCUCAGUCGGACGUUCGUGGACACGUAA